AUGGAGCCGCUGAUACUUGACGGCGAUCUUUCCGAGGUGGAGUUAUCCUCGUUGCAAACGUCGUUGGACGUUUGCAAGCGGGCGUUCAAGGCCACGGCGGAGCAGAUGCAACCGGCGGAUAACAGUAGCUGGGCAGUGCUGGGUGUGUGCGAUGGCAAUGGUGGCCGAUUAGUUUGUGCGGAUCGAGAGCAUAGCCAAGAUCCCUUUUGUCAUUCCUUCGGUGUUCCCACUGAGUUCGAUUUGGCUGACGUGGGCAAGGCGAUCGAGCGUUACCGCGCGCCGCACACGUGUGCGAUCCACUGCAACUCACUAGAAGAUAGGAGUAGUCUUGUCCAACAGAGAACGGCAUUAGAGCUUGCUGCCACCAUGUUGGGUAAAAAUGUAACCAACCUGGGACCCGAUGAGUUGCAGCAGCUUGGUAACCAAAUUUGGCAGAAGCUUGAGUGGGACCCGGAAUGUACUCAAAAAUGUUUUCUCCAAGGCUGCACCGCGGGUAGCUUCACUGGAACCAAGUCAAGCUGUGCCUGUACGGCAGCUAGGUUCGACUGUGAAUCACAUAAUAGAAAUGUCUUGCUUGAAAAGAUAAAUGUGUUUCAAAAAGAUCAAGACAAUCAUAUUAAAAAAGUAGGUCUAUUCGCCUUCAAUACCAAACCGGAGAAACUGUUCCACAAGAAAUUCGUACGCCAAGGCGAAUUCAACGUGUGCUCGUUUGAGUGCUGGGUUCAAUCACUGCUAGACAAUACCACUAACACGAACUAA